CCGCUCGGCUCCACCCCAGCCCGCCAUGGCGUCAGCCGCCGCAACCCGGGGGAGGAGGUUCCUACUUUAAGAAGUGAAGUUUUCCUCCCCCUCCCCCUUCUGCCCACCUCCUGCCGCCUCCCGCGCCCCGCGGGGCUGCGGAUGGAGCUCCACAGCGGCGGAGUGGGCAGCCAGGCUGCGGGCCGGAGGAUGGAUGGGGACUGCCGCGAUGGCGGCUGCGGCAGCAAGGACGCUGGGUCGGAGGACUACGAGAACCUACCGACCAGCGCCUCAGUGUCCACCCACAUGACAGCGGGAGCGAUAGCUGGGAUUCUGGAGCACUCAGUCAUGUAUCCGUUGGACUCCGUGAAGACGCGAAUGCAGAGUUUGAAUCCAGAUCCCAAAGCCAAGUAUACAAGCAUCUACGGCGCCCUCAAGAAGAUCAUACAAACGGAAGGCUUCUGGAGGCCGCUGAAGGGCCUGAACGUGAUGAUAAUGGGCGCAGGGCCCGCACAUGCCAUGUAUUUUGCCUGCUACGAAAACAUGAAAAGGACUUUAAAUGACGUUUUCAGCCACCAAGGAAACAGCCACCUAGCCAAUGGGAUAGCUGGGAGUAUGGCCACCCUACUCCACGAUGCAGUAAUGAAUCCGGCAGAAGUGGUGAAGCAACGCUUACAGAUGUACAACUCACAGCACCAGUCAGCCCUCAGUUGCAUCCGGACGGUGUGGCGGACCGAGGGGUUGGGGGCCUUCUACAGGAGUUAUACCACACAGCUGACCAUGAACAUACCCUUCCAGUCUAUCCACUUCAUCACCUAUGAGUUUCUGCAGGAGAAGGUCAACCCACUCCGAAACUACAACCCACAGUCUCACAUCAUCUCAGGAGGCCUGGCCGGGGCACUGGCUGCAGCUGCCACCACCCCGCUGGAUGUCUGCAAGACCCUCCUCAACACGCAGGAGAACAUGGCGCUCUCCCUGGCCAAUGUCAAUGGCCGGCUGACGGGCAUGGCCAAUGCCUUCAGGACGGUCUACCAGCUCAACGGCCUUGCUGGCUACUUCAAAGGUAUCCAUGCUCGAGUCAUCUACCAGAUGCCUUCCACCGCCAUCUCCUGGUCCGUCUAUGAGUUCUUCAAGUAUUUCCUUACGAAGCGGCACCUGGAGAAUCGAACUCUGUACUAAAGGAACGGGCAGUGGGAAGUGGUCCCAGCAUCUUUUGUUCCUGCCUCAACCCCUUGUCCUCACACCCAGGCCCUGUUCUUGCAGGGUGCUCGUGCUGGGCCCUUCCUUCCCUGCCUGGUGCCCUGGAAAGGGAGGAGCAGCCUCCCCUGCCCUGAAGGCUGUCUGUGGGAACAUCCUAGGUGGUGGUCGGUGGGAAAAACUCAGGAAAGAGAGCGCGAGAAGCUGCCUUUUCUCCUUUCUCAAAAGGAACGUAGCUUUUCUGCAUCCUUGUGGCCGUCUCCUCCCUAGAUCUUUAGGUCACACCGCAGAGGAGAGCAGUACACGGUAAAGAAGAAGAGUUUAUGUACAUAAAAGUACCAUUACCCAGUCUAAAAUAGGUGGAUAAUGUUUACCCUUUAUUUUUCUACAUAGAGAUUUUUGAAAUUGUGUGUUGCUUGUGUGUGUCCAUAAAUAGGAUUAGAGUUGGGAUGAUGUACCUGUUUCUUUUUUAAAAAAAAACAAGAGGGUUGAAUUCUCCCAUCAUGAGAAGUAAAACAAAACAGGGUAAAAAAAGGCACCAAAGUAAUAAAUGGCUUUAUGUGGCCUGAAAUUGUGGGUAGCUUCCCUCCCCUGGGAGUAUAACUUGAAUGUAACAUAAUAAAUAUGAAGUUUAUAUUUUAAUUUUUCUCUUUUCAUGGGGGAAAAAGGUACGUUGAAAACAAGUCAAAAUAAUGAUCUAUCACUUGGAGCUUUAUUUUUUAAACAACAACAACAAAAAGUUCACCCAUGUGUGCCUGUCUUUCCAAACCUUCCAGGACCAAAGCAAUGGCCCUGGAGCAUUCCCUCCCUCUGUGGACAUGCCCACCACUGUAGGGUGGUGGCCCCAGUAGACUAAGAAUGGCUUGCCUUACCCUUCCCUGUGAGUGAUGUGAAUGUGUGCCUCCCUGCUUAGCUCUUAGCACUGGAAAUGUCUUCAUUUGCAUAGCAAAUCAGAGACAAUCCCCGCCUUUGUCUUAGGACUAAUUUCUGCAGUGAGCUUGUUUCCAGGCACUUCGGCUGACUUGGUCACUAUGUGUUUUUAUUAGCCACCUCUUAACCCAUUUUCCCUUCACUCUAGGGACUUUUGAAAAUCAUAGCUAGAGUAUUUCUGGCAUUCAUCUGUCCCCUGCCCUGUUCCAGCCCUGGGUCUCACCCGUCACAGUCUCUUACUGCCCAGAGGCCAGCCCCCCAACCCAGGCUGCACUGCUGACUGCCUCUCCAAAGCUGCUCAGCAGGCUCGUCUCAUCCUGUGUCACUUGAUAUCUGCGUCCUCUCUGCUUUGUUUUCUGAAGUGGAGUCAGAUCAUCUCUGAGAGAAGACACAAGCCUAUGUCUUCUAGUCUGCUGCUCUCAUGGAGAUGACAGAAUGGCUCGGUUUCCCUCUUGCAGCUUGUCUGUAGAUGAGCAGAGAAUACACUGGGGUUUUCAUCUUGGUGGCCCCGUCUCAUUUGGAAGCCGUGGCUUGUGCUUCCUCUCACCUGGGAGGUGUAGACCUUAAGUUCCUGUGAUGGGUGCAACUGCCUGGGAAAAAUUCAGCUUGUACUUGGAGAAUUUUCAUUUAGGGACUCUGGUGAUAUCUUGCUCACCACAUGGGACCACACAUCACCCAGUGUCCCUGGGCACAGGCUUUGUUUUCUGUACAGCAGCUGUGAGGAGUUACGUGAUGGUCAGCUGUGCUCCUUUUUCAGAUCGGAAGGAGGAAAGAGCCACCUCAGGUUCUUAGAUGUGCUCCCUGAGGGCUUGGUGGCUGGCUGCUGACCUGUCGUACCAUAGGGUAACAGUUUCUGUGCAUGCUGGUGUCUUAGGAUGGCUGAUGUUCUAUUUAUUAUCACAGAAAAAUGUUGCUACUCUCAUCCUGCUAGUGUUAAAUUGAGUAGUGUUAAAUUCUGUAAAUGGAGGGGGAAAUCAAAUCAUAGAGUCUAAAGUAAAAUUUAAAUCAAGUCUGAACCAUUAUGCCUACCACACCAUUUGGUGACUAAUCCUGCUGCAAAAAAAAAAAAAAAAAAAAAAAAAUUCCCUGUUGGAUUUUCGUUAGUUAUCUUCUGGAACAGCCUCUUUGGUCAGGGCCAUGUAAGAUGGAAAGGUAAGAUCAGGACUUCAGAACUCGGUGACCUUGAAGUCCAGGGGUCCAGUCUUAGCUAUCACCUCCCUGCGAUGAGCCAUAGAUCUGCAGGAAGGCAGCUUUUUAACCAGCCCAGUCCAUCCAGUCACCAUGGGUUGAGCAAGUGACGUAUCUGAACAAGACUGUUAAAAAGUUGUGAAGCAUUGAACAAGUAUUUGUCGCUCUGUGGGGUUGAUUCCCCCUCCCCACCCUUAGCUCCAAAGUUGGUAUUGUCCUCACCCCCAAGCACAUUAUAGCCCAUGUGUUGAUUGUGACUUUUGACAUUGCAAAGUUCUAAAUAGGAAAAUGCUUCCUCCUGCCCAGUGACCAAGUUAAUAGAGUCAUUGGCAUCUUUGGAGUGACAUCCAAGGAUGGACCAUGCCACCUGAGUACACUCUUAAUAUUUUAGCUCUGUGUGUGUGUGUGUGUGUUCUCUUGUUCAGGCCACAUGACAGUCACCCACUUAAUAAAUGGGUGUUAAUUUAUUAUAGACUAAAAUAUUGAUCUUUUAAAAAUGGGGUGUUCUUAAUUCGUGACUAUUUUUUUAACAAUUGGAUUAAAUAAUAGCUACUUUUAUGUGCAGUUGUGUGCCCCCUCCCUUGUCUCAUGUCUUACAGCCAUAAUCUUCCAAAUGUCACCCCAAGGCUGUGUGUCCAAUACACUGCUAUGUUAGUAAGGUUUUAUUUAACUUUAUUUAUGGGUAAUUGUGUCUGUGAACAGCAGGUGUGCUGCUGCCAGUCGUACAGUGUGGGAUUAGUGUCCCAGUGUUAUUUUCUGAAUGUCUUAAAAUGUCUGUGGUUAAGAUUGUUUUUGCCUUGUGACUUCUGAGUAUGGGGAGCUGCAGUGCAUUCCCAUGUGGGGGUGUCUGCUGUGCUGCUACAGUUGUAACACUGGAGCUGGAGAAAAUAAAGCAUUGAUCCUGAAA